GCGGGCGCCGCGCCGCCGCGGAGCGCCGCGGCCGCCGUCAACGCCGCCGCGGCCUGCUGCGCCGUCGCGCCGGCGGCCCACGGCGCCCUGCCCGAGCGGCUCCGGCCCCUCGUGCGCGCCGCGCUGACGACGCUCGCGAGGGACGCGGGCGACGCCGUCGCGCGCGCGCACGCGUGCCGCGCGCUGGGCUGCUGCGGCGGCGCGGCGCCCCUCAAGCGCCACGUGGCCAACUGGCUCGUGCGGGCCUGCGAGCGCCACGCGCGCGACGCGCUGCCCUGCGUGCGCCGGGGCGCGCUCGACGCGUGCCUCGCGCUCGCGGCCGCGCUGCCCGCGACGUUAGAGGCGUCGCGCGCGGGCUCGGCGCUGUCCCGCGCCGAGGAGGUGCAUUUAUUGCACUGCAAGCUCAUGCCCGUGGCGACGGCGCUCGCCGAGGACGCCGCGCCCGAGGUCCGCGCGGCGGCCGCGCGGCGCGCGGGCGCGCUCUGCGACGCCUUCGGGCCGAAGCGGUCGGCGAUCCUGGUCGACGAGGUCCACUCGUUGGUGGAGGACGCGGACGUGCGCGUGCGCUGCGCCGCCGCGCGGGCCCUGCCGGCCGUCGCGCGCGCGGCGCUCCGGGGCGCCGCGUCGUCGGGCGACGCGUUGGGGCUUUUGACGCCCGCGGCGACGCGCCUCGCGUCGGACCCGAACGCCGACGCGCGGGCGGCGCUGGCCGCCGCCGUCGGUGGGUUCCUCGACAUGCUCUGCGCCGACGUCCUGGGCGGCGCGGCGCCGCCGCCGGCCCCCGCGGCGGCGGAGAAGAGCGACGACAGCGACGACGACGGCGGCGAGACGAGCGCUUUAGACCGCGCCAUUUUUCCCUUAUUGCUCAUCUUGGUCAACGACGAGGUGCCCGACGUGGCCUGCACGGCGCUCCGGGCUUUGGCGAGCGCCGGGGGGGACGAGCGGUUGGACGCGCG